UAAAUGCAAACAAUAAUUUUUUAAUUUGCAAAUUAUGGGGCGCAAAAAGCAGGGCAUGAGCAUAGCAUCAAUUUCAGUCGCCCACCGAACGUCGAACGCAACGGUCGUGUUUUUUUCGUUUUUUUUGUUCGCUGCUUCUGCUGCUGCUGCUGCUGCUGCUGGCCGUUUGGUGUUCUUCUGGCCCUGACUGAGAGAAGAAAGAAGGUAAAAGGAAUGGAUUUUCGGGUAACGCAAAACUCUCGGCCGUUCGAAACUGAUAAGUGCAACUUGUGAAAUUGAUACUGGAGCGCGAGCCCUUGAUUGAAAUGCGCGGAAGUUUCCACUUGUCGAGCAGUCGGAGCUAUCAGAGCCACAGGCCAAGCCAAACCCACAGGUGCCCCAGUAGUCGACGACGUCGCCACUAUAGCUAAUUGUUAGCCAUUAAUUGAUUGGCAGCGAACAGCGCACCACCGGCACCACCGGCUUCUCUACACCAGACACGCCCCCCUUUCCAAAAGGCGGCAUCACCCGACCCCACCAAUAAAGCCAAUAAAAUAAAAAGCCAAUAAAAGUAUACAAAAAUGAAGGGCCAGCAGGAGGAGCAGCUGGUGCCGCCGGCCUACAGGCCCACUGUCGUUGGCAAGGACACAGCAAAGGAUUCACACGCUAAGGAUAAACCCCUAGGCGAAGGUCGCCUGGCAGUACUCCGGCAGGAACUCAUGGUCUUCCUGGGCAAUAGCGGUGUCCUAGGCUCCGGAAUGGUGGUCAGCAUGCCGUCCGUAACUCUCAACCAGCUGGAGGAUGUAACUCAGCCCUUUUGGCUCACCAAGGACGAGUCCAGUUGGUUUGCCUCCAUUCAGAACAUGGCCUGUCCUUUGGGCGGACUCCUGGUCAGCUACUUCCUGGACCGAGUUGGCCGCAAGCACACCAUCCUGCUGACCAAUUUAUUGGGACUCAUUGGCUGGAUCUUGCUGGUGACCAGCUUCCUGCACUCCGAUCGCGACAUGAUCUACUAUCAAAUGCUGGUGGGUCGCUGUUUUGGUGGCAUCAUGAUCGGGAUGUUCGUAUCGCCCGUGGGCGUCUAUUCCGCCGAAAUCAGUUUACCCAAGAUACGAGGUCGCUUGAUCCUGGGCACCUCGUUAGGCUUGGCCAGCGGCAUCCUGUUGAUGUACGUCCUGGGGUACUUCAUCCGUCACAACAUCCAGCUAAUCUUUGGCAUUAGCUGUUGUUACCAACUGGUGGCCACCCUGCUCGUCUUCCCCAUGCCAGAGUCACCCAGCUGGCUGCUCACCAAGGGCAAGGAGGAGCGAGCUAGAAAAUCACUCAGAUAUUUCCGCGGCCUGCCCAAGAAAGAGGUGGACUACGUGCCUGAAUUCGAGGCGGAGCUGGCGCACAUGAAGGAGCUGGCGGAUGCUAGUAACACCACCGCCGCUGGAGAGUCUCUUAGCCAGAUGAUUCACCGUCCGGAGGUCUACAAGCCAGUGCUGAUGAUGACCACCUUCUUUGGCUUCCAACAGGCCUGCGGUGUGGUGGUGAUCAUCGUCUAUGCCGUUCAGAUUGCCCAGCAGGCGGGCGUGACCAUUGAUCCUGUACUGGUGGCUGUGAUGCUGGGCGUGGCCAGGAUAAUCACGACCCUCUUCAUGGGCGGCAUCUUCGAGAAGUGGGGACGCAAACCGUCGGGGAUUUUCUCGGCCACUGGAAUGGGUGUCUGUAUGCUGCUUCUGGCCGGAGGAAAUUGGUUCCCGGAUACAGUGGGCACCUGGCAUUGGCUGCCGGUGGCUUGCAUUGUGGCCCACAUUAUAUUCUCUACGAUGGGCAUGCUGACGCUGCCCUUCUUUAUGAUCUCUGAGGUCUUCCCGCAGAGGGCACGCGGCAGUGCCUCAGGCAUAGCCAUCUUUUUCGGCAUGAUCCUGGCCUUCGUUAUGCUGAAGAUUUACCCAUCCAUGAAAGCCGCCCUGGGCACGGCCAAUCUGUUUGCCUUCUAUGCUGGCAUAUCCUUUCUGGCGGCCGCCUUCAUUGGCAUCUUUGUACCCGAGACAAGGGGCAGGACACUCGAGGAGCUGGAAGAGCGCUGGCAAACGGGCAAGUUCUCACGCCGCCUCACAGUCAACAACCUCAAGGACGUGGAACUGCACGAAGUGUUCCUUAAAAAAUAAUUGCAAGAAAGGACAAUUUGGGGGGGUUAAAAAGUAGUGGAGAUCAAGAUUCGAAGGCAUAUAUUGGUACAUAGAAAGAUCUCUAAGGAGGAUAUACGGAUACGGAGUGUGCCGUCGAAAGGGGAAAAGGCAUUUCCAUUAGAAAGCGGGUCGGGUGGUUUUUCAAUCUGUGAUGUGUUAAGUACUUAGCCUUGGCAGCCACGGAAAGCGGCAGUUCGAUAAACAAUAAAAAUCAUUUACCAAGUAA